AUACAUAACUAUAAUAAUAUACAUAAAUCAAUGCAAUGUGAUUUGGUCUUUGCGAGUUUUCACUCCUCCGUUAACCCCUUUUCUCUCUCUUUUUCUAUCAUUGAGAGAAACCAAAUAAACGACCAACGCGAAAAACAAAACGAAAAGGUGGGGCGCGAGCUGCGCAGUCGCAUUACCGAACAUUUACUCGUCAAAAGAAAUCGGUGCGCGUGCGUGUCAGCCGGCCGUCCGAACGAUAUUGUGGGUGGUUCGGGGGCCGGAACUUUUCGAGCCGCCAAGUGUCGUGAAGCACCAGAAGUACGAAUAGGAGGCAGAGCUCCGUGUAGCUCUAGCAAAAAAGAAAAACGACAAAAAAUUGAGGACAUCAAGAAAAAUAUCAGAGAUGCUAUUUUGACGAUAACUAGUGCUAUGAGCACCUUAACGCCGCCCGUGACGUUGGAGGAUCCUUCGAAUCAAAGUAGAGUCGAUUAUAUCCUCGAUGUCUCGUCUUCCCCGGACUUCGAUUACCCUGCCGAGUUCUAUGAAAUUGUCGAAACUCUUUGGAAAGAUCGUGGUGUACAACAGAGCUUCGAGAGAAGUAAUGAGUAUCAGCUUAUCGACUGCGCCAAAUACUUUCUAGAUAAAGUAGCGAUUGUGAAGCAACAUGAUUAUACGCCUACGGAACAGGACAUAUUGAGGUGUCGUGUGCUUACUUCUGGAAUCUUCGAAACACGAUUUCAAGUUGAUAAAGUUAAUUUUCAUAUGUUCGAUGUCGGCGGUCAAAGAGAUGAGAGAAGGAAAUGGAUACAAUGCUUCAACGAUGUUACGGCGAUAAUCUUUGUAACAGCUUGCAGUAGCUACAACAUGGUGCUUAGAGAAGAUCCGACGAAGCUGAGACUCCGGGAGAGUCUUGAUUUAUUCAAAAGUAUCUGGAACAAUCGAUGGCUCCGUACAAUAUCAGUUAUCUUAUUCUUAAACAAACAGGAUCUACUUGCCGAAAAAGUAAAAGCGGGUAAGCACAAAUUAGAAGAUUAUUUUCCUGAAUUCUCGAGGUAUCAGACGCCAGUAGAACCCGGAGUUGUAGCAGAUCCUUCAGAACCACCCGAUGUUAUACGGGCCAAGUACUUCAUUAGAGACGAAUUUCUUCGUAUAAGCACGGCGAGCGGAGACGGAAAACACUAUUGCUACCCACACUUUACAUGUGCCGUUGACACAGAAAAUAUUAAACGAGUGUUUAAUGAUUGUCGGGACAUAAUUCAGCGAAUGCACCUAAGACAGUACGAGCUGUUGUGACUUAGUUUUCGCAGUCGUCAUAAGGUAUUUCACAUCGUCUGUCCAUCCCAGCUUCGAGUCACGAGACCCAGCGAAUCGUGCUCCGAGCUUCUCUCCUCUAGCACGUUCGGAUCAACCGAAGUGUUCCGUCAAUGGGGGCAAUGAUUCCGAACGAUCGAAUGAGGAAGAAAAUACAAAAUGCUAGAUGCAAAAAAAGGAACAUGGAGACACUGAUUCUUACACCCGUAUGAAGUUAGAAGAGGAACAGAAGGGAAGAAGAAGGAAGAAGAAAGAGAAUAAGAAGUAGAAGAAUAAAAAUAAAAUAGUUAUAUAAUAUAAGACGUAUAGACGCUGUACCUGUGCAAAAAAGAUCUUGAAUAUGAUAGAAUAAAAGAUAGAAAAAUCUGUUUAAAUGCUUUGUGAUCGAACUAAGAAAGCAUAUUUAAGAGAAAAAUAAAGAAAAACAAGAAUUUCUGGCAAUAUCGACGUGUGAAAAAUAGUAAAUCCUUUCUUUUCUUUCUAGCCGAGGUAAUGCUAUAUAAGAAUGAUAAGCUCUUCAAUUGCGUUCGCAAGAAAAGCUAUCUCAAUGUCCGAAAAUUAAUUGCGAAUAAUAAAAGUAAUGUACAUCGGCAAAUCUAUCUCUCUCACUCUCUUCAUCUCUCUCCCUCUUUCUGUCUCAAUCCUUUUUCUUUAAAUAUUUCGGGCUUGCUUUCUAUGCAUACUCUUAGUUUCUUUAUGGUUUUGAUUAGGAAUGUCGUAAAUAAAAUUAAGUUGAAAAUACAUUCUUAUAUAAAUCCUUCUCGUUAAAAGGCAUAGAAAUGCAUCUUUAUAUCUCAUUACUUUCUUUCUGCUACGUUCAUCUCAUACUAUUAUUACAUAUUCAAAAUAGAAAACAGAAUGUUUAACUGCUUCCCUUUUACACUUAUCCCUAAUCAUGUAUAAUGAUACUCGCUUUUAUUCAUAACAGCGUCACGCGCAUUACUUUUGUACAGUUAUGUAAUUAUUUGUCCACAUAUAUACCGAAUUUCUCGAGUUUAAAUUCGUCAUUAUAAAUACUGUGACCCGUUUCAUAAAAGUCUCAGUCACGCAUUUUUACGAGAAGAGUAUUUUGUGAGAUUUUACAGUAUUUCGAAGAGCGUUUUAAUUAUAUAACUACUAAUUGUAUUUAGCUCAUAUAUUCGUUUUAAUUUUGUGGCGUUAUUUACAUUUUCAACAAAUCUAUCUAGUGAUGUAUAUACUUUUUCGCUUAACAAUAAAA